UUGGCACAGUGGCAUCAUUUGAUCGCUUGAGAGGUGAAGCAAGAACUUCGCCGAGUCAGUCAUCGGCUUCCACCAAGAGACGACGGUCACCACUGUAGCGACGAAACAUCUCAGUCGUAGCACACUCUUGCAUCAUGCCACAAGUCACCGCUUGUCCGCCGAUGGCGCAAACCCCGCCCCCUUCCAAGGACAAGGCCGCGACACGUCGGCAGUACAAGUCCCAAAAGCAACAGUACUACCGCGAACAGCAACGAGACCAAGUCGUCGCCAUGCGCAAGCUCAUCCACGACCUGCAAGCCGAGCGGCAGCGGCUGAGCACGCGAUCCAAGUCCAAGUCGCUCUUGGCGUGGAAGGAUGUCGCGGUUGCGUUGAAAGAAUACGCGGACGAAUCCCUCAUCGAGCGCCAUUCUCUCCAGGCUACACGCGAGAAACACAUUCAACUAUUGCUGCAGCUCAACAAGUGGAUCGCCCAAGCCUCGAUGGAUCAUCCUCAACUGUCUACUUCGGCGUACCCGUCGUCGUCGUGGUCGGCUUCCCACUUUUCGUUGGCGCGGGUGUCGUUGGUAGCACACAAAGCCUCAAGAAAGCACGGCUAUGACUGGUUUACACAGAUAUUAUAUCACAACACGGAUGCGCUCAUGCAAACGUACCAGCUUCCGACAGUCGCGACGGCCGUGGCGCCCCACCGGGUGGCAGAUCUCUUCCUAGACAGCUCCAACCUCGACUGUUUGAACGUGAUUGCCCGAUAUGCGAUGGUGUUUAACGGGCCGUUCGAACACGUCGUCGACUUGGUCAAGCAACGGGAGAUUCAGUACAAAAGCUACACGGGGUACUCGAAACAAGAGCUGCAUCUUAAGCGUAUGACUGUAGACUAUGUCGACCCAGAGGCUUUGGCGUCGAUUUCAAGUCGAAUGUCGUACGUGCUGAUAAAAAACAUUGGAAAUGCUAAAGGCACAACGGUGUUGUAUCGCGAAUACAACACACUGGACCGGGCGGUGAUUGUGGGGCAGUCUGUCCCUCUGGACGAAGUAUUUGCGCAAACCAUGUCGUUGUCCCGCAAAAGCAUGAGCUGGUAUGUAUUUGACCGGCUAUCACCCACCAAGACGUUGAUGCGCAACCUGUUUGUGUUCAACCACUCCGUAUCUGCCACGGGCGAGUACCUUCACUUUGAAGCCGAAGCCCAACGCUGGGGCUGCGAUGUCUCAUCCUGGCCUGAAGCGUCCAAGCUGGACGUUUUGAGUUGCCAUAUUGCCAACAUUGGCGCCGCAGGCAUUGCAAGAACCGACAUCGCCAUGGCUAGCGUCCAGGAUACACUCGAUCAAAGGAGGCAGUAAUAGUACAGUCAGUAUAUUGUCGAUUUGCUUCAAUUUUCC